AUGCGUCAAUACUUUCUCCCGGCGGCCAUCUGCCUUGCCCAGGUGGCACGCGCAGAGUUUGGAAACUCGUUCUACCUCGGCCCUUUCUCCGGAGGCCAGUAUAUCACGAAGGCGACCUAUUCUUUGAGCGCGCCAAGCGUGCCUACUGGGUUCGACAGCUCCGACACCAGCCUGUGGCUCUCGAUCUGGGUCGGCGUGCAGCAGUCAUCAGAGGACGUUGACAACGAGAACCUGGUUCAGCCCCUGCUGAACUGGUGCCUCGACAAUGAGUCUUGCGGCUGCGAUGCAGACGAGACUCAGUGGUGUGUUGCCGCUAAUACGUAUACGCCUUCCGGGCAGGAGGGAGAAUCCUAUGUUGUAGUGCCGUCCGAUGCCGUUCUCGAUUUUGAGAUCGCUGUCAACUCAUCGACCAGCUAUAUCGACCAGAAGGUCUGGAUCAACGGAGAACUGGUUUCGCAGAAGUCUGACUCCCAGGGAAUGAAGCCUGGGGUUAUCUAUAGCGCCAAUGAAUGCUCCGACGCCAACUGUGGCACUCUCCCUGCAUUCAGCUGGACAAACAUGACCUUGACCUUUAACGAGGCGAUUGAUACCGUCGAGCCGGCUCUCAACGUCGCGACUUCCACUGGCUUCACAACUUCUGACGGCGGCAUUACCUGGACAGCCGAUGAGAUCAACAUGGGCAAAGACACGGCUUGGUCUUGA